ACAUCUUUGUUGUCCAUCAGUUUAGUUAUGUCAGCAGUUGAGUUAUGUAGUUAGUUGAUUGUAAGAGCGUGUGUUUUAUUACAGUAUAAGUAAUUAAACAGUAAUGGACAAUGGAUGUGGGAUGAUACAAAAACAAAGAAAAGCAAUGUGAAUCAUUUAAAGUACAUAAUAAAAACACAACAUAAUGUUAAAGUACCAAGAGAAAAGUAUCAACACGAAACCUUUGUUGGAUGAAGAGGACACAGAUUCUGAUAUCGACAAUGAAAUUGUGAUUUCUACCAACGAUUCAAAUGAUAGAAAUAUUGAUUACGUUUUCAAAACUGGUCAGCCUGCAGAUAACUAUUAUUUGGCGUAUAUCAUAUUUUAUCUAUUUGGAAUCACUUCACUUUUGCCAUGGAAUUUUUUUAUUACUGCUGAUAAUUACUGGAUGUACAAAUUCCGGGACCCUCACGCUAAACAAAUACAUCCAAAUGUAGCGUUAAAUUUAACACAACGUACGCCCCUACAAGCCGAAUUCAUCACUUAUUUAAACGUAGCUUCUAAUAUUCCAAGCAUAGCAUUUCUCAUUCUAAACGCAUUUCUAACUAAAAAAAUUGCCCUGCAAUACAGAAUUAUUGGUUCGCUCAUAAGUAUGCUAAUUUUGUUUAUAGUCACAACAAUUUUUGUGCAAAUUAAUACCGACUCAUGGCAACAACAUUUUUUUGUAUUGACAAUAGCGACAGUCGUUCUUUUAAAUGCUGUAAGUGCAGUUUUAUGCGGAAGUAUCUUUGGGAUGGUAGCUAAAUUUCCAGCCAAAUACAUUACUGCAGUUGUAGGUGGUCAAGCGUUAGGGGGAAUUUUCGCUGCAAUAGCCCAAAUAGUAUCCCUGGCUAUUGGAGCAUCUUCGGUCCAUAGCGCAUUUGUCUAUUUUAUGAUAGCAAAUAUCACUAUCGUCUUUUGCUUAAUUGCAUAUCUCUUCUUGUCAAAAUCUAUAUUUUUUAAACAUAUCGUACAGAAUGAACCAGAUGGGGCUUAUACUUAUGAUGAGACGACCAACAUUGUAUCUCACAGGACAAUUUUAAAAAAGAUCUGGCUCCAUGGAGUAUCCGUAUUAUUGGUUUUUAUGGUAACCCUAUCAGUUUACCCAGGUAUAACAGUAUUAAUUGAAUCAAAAAACCGAGGAAAUGGUAACAGAUGGAAUGAUUUAUAUUUCGUACCAGUUGUUGCAUUUUUACUGGUAAACUGCUCAGAUUAUAGUGGGAGGUUACUCGCAGGUUUCUUUCAAAGGCCUGAAAGAAAGUCACUGCUGAUAAUUUUUAAUUUAUUAAGGAUCAUCUUUGUUCCCUUACUGUUAUUUUGUAAUGCCCAACCAAGGCAUUCUUUACCUGUUUUAAUUAAAGAAGAUUAUCAUUAUAUUAUUAUUUUAAACCUUUUUGCUUUAACCAACGGGUAUUUAACAAACCUUCCCGUUAUUUGCACUUCAAGAAUCGUGGAUGAACACGAAAAGGAAAGUGCAUCAGCCUUAAUUGCUGUCUUUUUAGGGCUAGGUUUAACUCUAGGAUCUGCCAUAAAUUUAAUUUUGGUUAAAAUACUAUAAAAUAUUUAUGAUAAUUUAAAAAAAUUGCUGUUAUUAAUUUAAUUAAUUACUAUAAUAUUCCUUUGUACAAAUCACCUAUUUAUUUAAUAAAAUUUGCAUGAAAUUAGUUAA